ACCUAAUUAUUAUUCAUGAGCGAUUCCUUUCGACGUAGUAGGAUUCACGAUUUCAACUCUCGGCGAGUCACAAAGUUUUAGAGGAAAGCGUUUGCAGAUCCAGACACAUGAUGGGCGUUGGAUGUGCAACAUACCGUGAUUUUACCCUUCUGUAAGCCUUCUGUAGAGAAUGGAUAAGCGACCAACCUCAGCACAGUCAAACGCUGAAACCCCAGACAGUCCCACAGGGCCUCAUGUUGAAUGGUGUAAACAACUGAUAGCAGCCACAAUGUCAAAUCAGUUCUCAGGACCCAUCAGCUCAGAAAUGAAUUCCAGAGAGUACAAGGACUGUGAUGUGGAAGUUAACGGAUUUCUCUUGGACAAUGACCCUCAGCAGACUGCCUCCUCUUCGGCACUCAGAGAAGGAAAUAAGCAGGCUCAGAUGGAAGAGGCCCCGCGUGUUCCUGGAGAAACCAUCAAAGCUAUUGUCAAAGAUGUUAUGUAUAUCUGUCCGUUUUCUGGGGUCGUGAGGGGAACUCUAACCAUCACUGAUUACAAGCUCUUCUUUAAAAGCCUGGUGCGGGAUCCUCCGUUUGUGCUGGAUGUGAAUCUUGGAGCCAUUAGCAGACUGGAGUCCGUCGCCGUUCAGAGUCAUGGAGAGAACACUCAAGGACUUGAGAUAGUUUGCAAGGACUUGAGAAACCCCCGGUUUGCGUACAGGAAGGAGGGACAGAGCAAUUUGGAGGUGUUCGAAAUACUGUCAAAGUACGCGUUCCCUCUCUUCCACAACCUGCCUCUCUUUGCCUUUAAGUACAGAGAGACAUUUCCAGAAGAUGGCUGGAAGAUCUACGACCCAGUCGUGGAGUAUAAGAGGCAGGGUCUUCCAAACGAGAGCUGGAUCAUCAGCAAAGUCAACAGCAGUUAUGAGGUGUGCGAGACGUAUCCCGCUCUGCUGGUCCUUCCCUCAAACGUCACCGAGGAUGAACUGAAGAGAGUGGCAGCCUUUAGGGCCAAACGCCGUUUCCCAGUGCUGUCCUGGAUUCACCCUGAGAGUCAGGCUGCUAUCGUCCGCUGCGGUCAGCCGCAGGUGGGUCCAUCAGACCGCCGCUGCAGGGAGGAUGAGCGCUACCUGCAGACCAUACUCGACGCCAACGCUCAGUCUCAUAAGCUCUGCAUCUUUGAUGCUCGCCAAAGCACUGUGGCUGAUACUAACAAAGCCAAAGAUGGAGGAUAUGAGAAUGAGAGUUUCUACAUCAAUGUGGAACUGAACUUUCUGGAGAUCCCCAACAUACACGUGAUGAGAGAAUCCCUGAGGAAGCUGAAGGAGGUGGUGUAUCCUGCCAUCGACCAGCAGCACUGGUUCUCAUCUGUCGACUCUACGCACUGGCUGGAAUACAUCAGGCUCUUGCUAGCAGGUGCGGUGCGCAUCGCAGACCGAAUCGAGUCAGGUAAGACGUCAGUGGUGGUGCACUGCAGCGAUGGCUGGGACCGCACGGCUCAGCUCACCUCUCUGGCCAUGCUCAUGCUGGACGCACACUACCGCUCGCUCAGGGGCUUCCAGGUGCUUCUGGAGAAGGAGUGGCUGAGCUUCGGACACCGCUUUGCCUCGCGUGUGGGACAUGGAGAUGGGAAUCAUGCAAACUCUGAGCGCUCACCUCUCUUUGUGCAGUUCAUCGACUGUGUCUGGCAAAUGACCCGGCAGUUUCCCUCUGCAUUUGAAUUCAACGAGGUAUUUCUCAUCACGGUGCUUGAUCACCUGUACAGCUGUCUGUUUGGGACGUUUCUUUACAACAGCGAUCAAGAACGGGUCUCAAAGGAGGUGUACAGCAAGACCGUGUCUCUGUGGUCAUAUGUGAACAGCCAGCUUGAGGAGUUUACUAACCCGCUGUAUGUGAACUACGAGCACCAUGUUUUAUACCCAGUUGCCAGUCUGAGGCAUCUUGAGCUUUGGGUCAGUUAUUACGUGCGCUGGAACCCUCGCAUGAGGCCACAGGUUCCUGUUCAUCAGAGUCUGAAGGAGUUGUUGGUCCUGAAGUCAGAGUUGCAGAAGAGAGUGGAUGAGUUAAAACGAGAUGCAGCUUCAUCACAAUCUCUCUCCUCUUCCUCGGAGCAUGAAGGCAUGCCCAUGCAGACUACUGUCUGAGCAUAUCUUAUUAACUUGGUAAAUACUGGUGUCAAAAAUCAUUAUUUUUUCCGAUCUUUGUUGUCACAUUUGGACAAUAAAAAUAUUUACAUAA